AUGCUCCUGACUAUGGCAACAAAACGGGCCCACAUCAUCGAUUUAAUAAGCGAUGGAGGAUUUAUGGUGUGUUUGACAGAUGACGAGGUUGACUUUGCGCUUGAAGAUAACGCCUUCAGGCGAUUUAGAAUUCAGCUAUAUGGGCCGAGUGAGCGAAAGAAUGCAGGCAAGGACCCAGUAGUGGGCCACCAAAUCCGGGCACAUACGGCAGAUGUUGUGGUAGAGAUGGUGGAUGGAUUUCAGCUGAUAACCUUGGAGACAUCCAAGAUCCUUACAGCCCAGAAAAUAGCAACCGAUAGUCUAGCCAUGGGUCCUUCUCAACCUUAUCAUCAUCUUACAAACCAGCAAGCUACUGAUGUGGCUGAUCUUACACAUCUCUUGUCUGCUGAAAAACACCUGGGCCCAUUAUCUCCAGCUCCAGAGCUGUAUGCAGCUUCAGAACAAAAAUAUAGUCCUGGACUUUGUUCAGAAAUCCGUGUAGAGCCCUCGUCUCCGCAACACGAGGAAGUUGCAGUCGUACCAGCACUAGCUGAUGUUUCCAAAUCCUCAGAUCACGCAGAUAUGCAGCGGCAAGCAACUCUACCCAUUCCUGAAGAGGCCAUUGACUUCAAGCUUACAGAAUAUAAGCCAUUCAAUCCAGAGCCAUGGGCAAGGGCAAUUGCAGAGCAUCAGGCACGGACCAGCAAGAAUUUUCAAGCGAUUGCUCAAACGCUUGACAGUAUCAACGCUGAGUUACAGUUCAUCCUUUCUGAGUUCUUGAUCAGACAGUACGAGAAAACUGCAGAAACCUUGAAGUUGGACCAUGAGCUUAUUACUCAGCAAGAGCAAGAACAAGAACGUAUGCUAGCACAGAUGAUGUCCUUUAUGAACGCUAUGAGAGAUGCCUUCCAGAUUUUUGAUCAACCUGGAAAGUAA